AUUACAGUGGGCGGGACUCACAGGGGGCGGUGAGGAACCUGGCCCGAGCACACGCGUCUUUGCCGUAGCCACAUUUCUCCACCGUGGUGACGCACGAGCCGCCAGGCCUCGGAGGAACGCAGUGGGAACACUCCAGGGCUUCCCCUUCAGAACAGACAGGUAGCACACAUUAGCCUCCUUUACCAGGGCCAUGUCCGAAACAGCCUCCUGACUGCCUCAAAAAAUCUGCUGUCUGCUAAACAUACUGACUACUGCUUAGUGCAUAUGUAUUCUACGUGAUGGGCAGUAUGCAAAGAAUAUCCUUCCAGUGGUACUGCAGAAGUGUCAUAAGACGUCCUUCCCCUGUAUUAAAAAAGCCCUGCCUUUUCCUCUCUGAUUUAUGGGACCCAAAGAUGGCUCUGCCUCUUCCUCUCUGUGGGACAUCCUAAAAGAUAGUAUUUUAUGAGGGGAGAUGCUUCACGGGCCGGAAGCUGGAGGUCUUUGGCGACUGCGAUAACUUCCAGGACCGGGGCUUCAUGAACCGCGUCAACUCCAUCCGCGUGGAGAGCGGGGCCUGGAUCUGCUACGAUCACCCCGACUUCAAGGGCCAGCAGUACAUCCUGGAGCGCGGCGAGUACCCCGAGUUCCAGCGCUGGAAUGGACACAACGACCACAUGGGCUCCUGCAGACCCAUCAGGAUGCACGGAGAACACUACAGAAUGGAGAUGUUUGAGGGUGCCAACUUCACCGGACAGUGCAUGGAACUGUGUGACGACUGCCCUUUCCUGCAGAGCCGCGGCUUCAGCAAGAACUGCAUCAAUUCUCUCAAAGUCUACGGCGACGGAGCCUGGGUUAUGUAUGAGGAGCCCAACUACCGCGGACGCAUGUACAUUGUGGAGAGAGGAAACUACAGCUGUCACACGGAAUGGCAAGGACACAAUGCCAACAUCCAGAACGCCACUAUCCAGUCCAUCCGUCGGGUGGUUAACUACUUCUAAACCGUGACCUGUGGGAGGGCCAGAGCCUUUUACCUUUUACCUGAACUGUAAAAAAAUAAAAUGCAUAACACAACCAUGUUUUAUCAAA